UUCCUUUCACCAGGAUUUGAAAGAGUCAUUCGAUAAUGACUCGUGUAACAUUCACGAACAAGCAUAAAGAAUAAUUAUGUAAUCUGAUUUAUUAAGAAAGAGAAGGAACAGAACACACUAUAAGACCGGCAUCUCUCCCCCUAUAAAAGGGGUCUAACCUCUACAAAUAGCUGCAUUAUAUCUUCAUCAAGAAAUUUCCUCUCUUUCUCUCACUGAAAUCUUACUAUCUACUUUUGAUCACAUUGCUGAACUUGGCUAACUAUUUCUGGACAUUUGAGAAGAAACCCCUCUCCUAACCGUCAUGGAGAAAGGCUGUAUACAUCUUGCUGUUGUACUUCUGCUGCUUCAGCAAAUGAGUUCUUGUUUGUCAAUCGCUAAUAUCACUACUGAUCAAACAGCACUUCUUGCCUUGCAAUCUCAAAUAUCUUUAUACGAUCCUCGCAAUGUCUUGGCAAGAAACUGGACUAUUUUCACCCCAGUCUGUAGUUGGAUUGGAGUCACUUGCGGCCUUCGCCACCAAAGAGUCACUGCCUUAAAUAUUGUUAGUAUGAACCUUAAAGGAAUGAUUCCACCACAGCUUGGAAAUCUCUCAUUUCUCAAUUCCCUCAAUAUCAGAAACAAUAGCUUCCAUGGAAGUUUGCCCAUGGAGUUAGCUCGUUUGAGGAGAUUGAAAAUGAUCAAUGCCAUGAGCAACAACUUUACUGGCGCAAUACCGUCAUUUUUAGGCUUGUUGCCAAACCUUCAGUCCUUGUACCUUGCGUUUAACCAGUUGUCUGGUAACAUCCCUCCUUCUCUUUUUAAUAUAACAAAGCUAAAGUACUUAAGACUACGAGGGAACAUUCUUGGUGGAGAAAUUCCUCGAGUUAUCAAUAGCCUUUGUUGCCUGAAUUUCAUAGAUCUUCAAGAUAAUAAGCUUACAGGAGCUAUACCACCAACUAUGUUUAACCAGUCAUCGCUUAAACAGAUUGGCCUGACAAAUAACAUUCUUUAUGGGAAACUACCGGGAAAUAUAUGUGACAAUCUUCCAAAUUUAGAGGUACUUGCUCUUUCCAAAAAUCGGUUUGACGGCUUGAUUCCACCAAAUCUGCAGAACUGCUCUAAACUUCAAAUAUUAUCAUUGUCUGCAAAUGAUUUCACUGGAACCAUACCAGCAGAGAUUGGGAACUUAACUAUGCUGACAUCUCUGCAACUUGGGCUUACCUACUUGAAAGGUAUUUUUAUAAUUUGUCUAGCAAUAUCUGCAAGUGCUUUAAAGCAUAUAGCUUUCCUGAUUCGGCAAUUUGCAUGGUUUUAAGUCACUUGUGUGCUAUUUCCUAAUUUGUCGGGUGAAAUACCAAGGGAGCUUGGAAAUCUUCAAAGACUCCAAAUAUUUGGAUUGUAUCAAAACAGGCUGAGUGGUUCAAUUCCAGCAAGCCUUUUCAACAUUUCAACCCUCCAGAUCUUGACAGUAGUGGAUUGCCAGCUGUCAGGGAGUCUACCGUCAAAUUUAGGCCAAGGGACACCAAAUCUCGAAGAAAUUUAUUUGGGAAUAAAUAAUCUCAGUGGAGUCUUCCCUGCGUCUAUUUCGAAUGCUUCAAGACUCACUGAUCUAGACCUUUCUAACAACAUGUUCUCAGGUUCUAUUCCUGAUUCCCUUGGUAAUUUAGAAUUGCUUGAACUUCUACAGUUAGGUCAAAAUUUGUUGAUCAACCAGAAUUUCUCUACAGAAUUAACCUUCCUGACUUCACUGACAAGAUGUAGAAAUCUGAGAGAACUGGUCAUUAGAGAUAACCCUUUAAAUGGCAUCCUUCCGGCUUCUAUUGGUAAUUUCUCCAGCUCUCUCAAAAUCUUCUCUGCAUCUAGGUGCAAACUCAGCAGCAUUGUACCAGAAGAAAUUGGAAACUUAACAGAUGUUUUAGGGAUAUCACUCUUUGGAAAUGACUUGACAGGGUUCAUUCCAAAAACUAUUGGAGGUUUGCAGAAGCUUCAAAUAUUUCUUAUUGAAAGUAACAUGUUAAGCGGGACUAUACCCGAUGAAAUUUGUUGUUUACAAAAUAUAGUCGACCUGAGUAUUAGGAAAAAUAAAAUUUCAGGUCCCUUGCCAUCCUGUUUGGGGAAUGUUACUACUUUGAGAAAUCUAUAUCUAGCUUCAAACAAGUUGAACUCCAGCUUACCUGAGAGGCUAUGGAGCCUUCAAGAUCUAUUGGUACUUGAUGCAGCAUCAAAUUCAUUUUCUGGUGUUCUAUCUCCCCAAAUAGGAAAUUUGAAGGCUGUCAUAGACAUUGAUUUAUCAUACAAUGACUUUUCAGGGAUGAUUCCUAGCACUAUGGGAGAUCUACAAAAGUUAGUUAGUUUAUCUCUAUCACACAACAGAAUAGAUGGCCCCAUUCCAGAGUCUUUUGGGAAAAUGUUAAGCUUGGAAUUAUUGGAUUUGGGUUAUAACAAUCUAACUGGCGAAAUACCAAAGUCCUUAGAAUCUCUUUUAUACCUCAAGUACCUUGAUGUUUCCUUCAAUAAACUCAUGGGAGAAAUUCCAACUGGUGGUCCUUUUGGAAACUUCACCGGUCAGUCAUUUUUGUCUAAUAGUGGAUUAUGUGGUGCCUCAAGGCUCCAAGUGCCGCCAUGUCAAGUCAAGUAUCCUCGGAGGACGAGGAGGAAAAGAGUGCUUUACUUGUUAAUGUAUAGUCUUUUGGGAAUAACAUCAGUAAUUGUUGCAUUAGUCAUUGGAUUUCUGAUUUUAUGAAGAAGAAAAAGAAAUGAGCCAUCAGGAUCAACUGAAGUAUCAUACAUUAGGGCCCAUGAAAGAAUUUCAUAUAAUGAACUUCAAAAAGCAACAAAUGGAUUCAGCGGGGAUAAUUUGCUUGGUAAUGGGAGUUUUAGCAAGGUGUACAAAGGGGUAAAUAAUGGGACGUUAUUUGCAGUAAAGGUAUUCAAAUUGGAACCUGAAGGUGCAUUCAAGAGCUUUGACACUGAAUGUGAGAUCUUACGCAACCUUCGUCAUCGGAACCUAACGAAAGUCAUAACUUCUUGUUCCACCCCUAUUUUCAAGGCCUUAAUAUUGGAGUACAUGCCAAAUGGCACCCUUGAAAAAUGGUUACACUCUCAUGACUUUUUCCUGGACAUGUUGCCGAGGUUGGACAUAUUCAUCGAUGUGGCAUCUGCUUUAGACUAUCUCCAUAACGGUUAUUCGGAGCCAGUGGUGCAUUGUGAUUUGAAGCCUAGCAACAUUUUGCUAGAUCAAAACAUGGUUAGCCAUUUAAGUGAUUUUGGGAUUGCGAAAUUCUUAGGUGGGGAAAAUUGUUUUAGACAAACUAAGACUAUUGGGACUAUUGGAUACAUCGCGCCAGAGUAUGGACAAGAUGGACUUGUAUCAACAAGUUGUGACGUGUACAGCUUUGGUAUUGUGAUGAUGGAAGCAUUCACAAGGAGGAGGCCUAGUGAUGAAAUGUUUACCGGGGAUUUGAGUCUAAAACAUUGGAUAAACGACUCGCUUCCUAAUGGAGCUGCACAAAUGCU